AUGUUAAACAAUGAGUUGGAAUACCUGCCACCAGAACCACUUCUUAGAACAAGUGGAUAUUCUUGGGAUUAUCAAAAAUCAGAUGAUUUGAGGGAACUGUUAAGAACUACCAUAACUGAAUACUACAAAAUUUGCAUAAAACAGCAACUGGAUAAAAGCACCACACCACUAUUUUUUAUGAUUGCUGGUGCAGGAGAAGGAAAAUCUAGGAAUGCAAAUGAGUUACCAAAUAUAUUGCAUGAAGAGUUUGCUUCCCAUAAAGAACUGAAAAAACGAUUUGAAAAUGCAUUAAUAUUUAACAUCUCUCUUGAAAAUGAUACUAAAAUUGACCUAUUAGAAGAACAUAGUGCUGUAACUGCCAUUGCAAAACGAAUGCUUUUUCAGCUAGAAAAACGCAAAGGUGGCUGGAUGGAAGCACUUCGAAAUAUCCAGAUGUAUCACCAGAUAAAGUAG